CAUGGAACGGAAAAUCAGAAGGGAACUUACGAUAACAAUCGAUGAUGCCAUCGGGUGCUUAAACAUAUAUAAAUGAAAAUAUAACGCAGAGAGCAGUUAUAGCUCUUGUCGAGUACAAUGAAGGCUGCUCUGUUGCUUGUUGCUGCGCUGGUAGCAGUGGCGGAGGUCCACGGGCAACCAGAAGAGUCUACCACCGUCACCAUUUCGAGCGACAAUCUAACCACCAGCAACAUCACAGCGGAGAGAACAUUUUUGGCGAAGUCAUCGUACACGGGAGAUGACGAUACCAUUUGUGUAGAGUCAGACAACAAGUUCUACUUGUAUGUUAAUGUGUUGAAGCUCUAUUCUUGCUACAACCAGCUACGGAAAGUUUACGUGGUGAAACCAAGGAGUCAGUGUGAACCACACCUGUCGGAUUGUCCCAGGCACUAGGAGUAUUGCAACUCUGUGGCCUCAGCUUGAAGGGACUAUUUCGUCUGCGAGAGACUGAGAUCUAAAUGGCUGUCCUGCUGACUGAAGACAACUUCUGUUUCCAGAGGAGCUAAGAAACUGCAAGAGCGUCAGAACUUAGCUAGUUUACUCAAACAUCUUUCUCUUGUUUCUGUAAUAGUUGUAUACUGACGCAAUAAAUGUGUAGUUUCAUGA